GACAGGUGCCCGGCUUCCACCUCGUUCCGGCCUGAGUCCUGGAGACGUCAGCCCUGGGGCUGCUGAGCCGCAGCGGCAGCAUGAAGGCUCCGGGUCGGCUCCUACUUGUCAUCCUGUGCUCCUUGGUCUUCUCUGCUGUCUACAUCCUGAUGUGUGGGUGGGCCUGUCUGCCCCUCUGCCUGGCCUCCUGCCUGGAACCCCACCUCCCCACCGGCUCUAGGCCCACCGUGCCGGGACCCCUGCACUUCAGUGGCUAUAGCAGUGUGCCAGAUGGGAAGCCGCUGGUUCGAGAACCGUGCCGUAGCUGUGCCGUGGUGUCCAGUUCUGGCCAGAUGUUGGGCUCUGGCCUGGGUGCCGAGAUCGACGGAGCCGAAUGCGUGUUGCGCAUGAACCAGGCGCCCACGGUGGGCUUUGAGAGGGACGUGGGCCGCCGCAGCACGCUGCGUGUCAUCUCGCACACUAGCGUGCCGCUGCUGCUGCGCAAUUACUCACACUACUUCCAGCAGGCCCGAGACACUCUGUACGUGGUGUGGGGCCAGGGCCGGCACAUGGACCGGACGCUCGGCGGCCGCACCUACCGCACACUGCUGCAGCUCACCCAGAUGUACCCGGGCCUGCAGGUGUACACCUUCACAGAGAGGAUGAUGGCCUACUGCGACCAGGUCUUCCAGGACGAGACCGGCAAAAACCGGAGACAGUCUGGUUCCUUCCUCAGCACUGGCUGGUUCACCAUGAUCCUUGCACUGGAGCUGUGUGAGGAGAUUGUGGUCUAUGGGAUGGUGAGCGACAGCUAUUGCAGAGAAGCACACCACCCCUCGGUGCCUUACCACUACUUCGAGAAGGGCCGGCUGGAUGAGUGUCAGAUGUACCUGGCGCAUGAGCGGGCGCCCCGCAGUGCCCACCGCUUCAUCACAGAGAAGGCGGUCUUCUCACGCUGGGCCAAGAAGAGGCCCAUCGUGUUCGCCCACCCAUCCUGGCGAACCCAGUAG